ACCCCACUUACCGUGCGCGCUUUAUAUUGCAUUAGUUUAAUCUCUUUUGCCAGUACUUAGAACAGAGUCGCCGUAGUCUUUAUCCAUAAGGCACGCGAGGAAUACAUAAGGGUGUUAAAUGAUCUAGAGCAUCGAGAAUCUAUUUGUAAUUGCACAGAAAAUGCACAUUUAGCUAUACUCUAGUUCGCAAGGAGUGGAACGUCGUAGGAUUAACGUGUUGUGGAGAGCAUGGAAUACAUGCAUAGGGGUGAAGUCUAUGGAGCCUAGGUUAUGAGCCAAGGCACUUUGUGACGUCAUUCGACCCAUUAUCCAAUAAAACACAAGUUCUUGAUGAGAGAUGAGGAAGAGAAAGAACAGCCAACAACCCGACGUUAAGGCUGUCCGGGUUAUGGUCAUGGGACAAGACGGGGUCGGCAAAACAGCUCUCGUGGUAAGGUACCUGACGCGCCGUUUUAUUGGCGAGUAUGACACUACGUUAGAGUCUACUCAUCGUCACCCCCUUACACUCGGGAAUGACUUUAUUUAUAUCGAUCUCAUGGAUACAGCAGGCGAGAACUCAGACGCGAAGCUGGAGCGGUGCUUGUCAUGCGGCGAUAUGUUCCUCAUCCUUUACUCUAUUGUGGACCGCACGAGCUUCGACGAAGCUUCUCGCAUUGCGCGUUAUCUCAAAUGGCGCAAGUUUCCCGAGACUGGCGUUCUUAUCUUAAUUGGAACCAAGCGAGACCUGGGACACUUGCGCGAGAUCGACGAAACGGAAGGAAGUGAGCUUGCCGAGGAACUUGAGUGUCCAUUCUACGAGCUGUCUGCGUCAGAAUACGAGGGCUACACCGAUGUGUGCGAUAUGGUCUACACAUGUUUGAAGAAAUACCUUAAAAGCGACCGAAAGACGGCGCCUACCAACGCCCCCGCCACUCCUACGUCCACGCCGACGAGUUCACUGAGUAAGAUGAAGGAAGGGUUGAUGCGCAAAACUGGAGCCAUGCGGCGGAAGUCUGUGACGGCGCUGGUUUGAGACAGAAAGAUCCCAACUAUUAUAAGGUGGAGAGAUUGUUAUGCCAUCAAAACUCUUCUACGAUAUUGUAGCAUGAAUUACACCACGCCUGUUCAUGUAAAAGGAGCGGAGAGUCCAGUCAUAAUGGCGUAAAACAAGUGGUAAACAAAAAGAUUCUUGGAGUGCAACAAACCUUGUUUAAUGGUUUUCACUGUUGUCGGAAAGACUACACAGACCAAGCAGAAGGCCUUGAAAUGGAUAAAUCUCAGGCUUGGUAACCUGGCACUACAUGAACGGGAAGGCGCCAUUGGCGACGGGAAGUUUUGAUCCUUUCAUCAGCAUCGUACAUUUCACUGGAGUACUAUCACUGUAUGGUUUCUUAUUAUAGCGAGGAGUAGACCAGGGGCUACAAAUGCGAAAAAGAACCCUCAAAACACCUGAGUACCCUAGUCUGGCCGCUUUGUUGUGUUUCCUGUGGUGUCUUGGGUUUCCUGUGUGAGGAUGAUCUCGAUCUCUGGACUAUAUCUCCUAAGCCCCUGUUGUAUCGCGGCCAGCCACAGGAAUAGGUCGCCUGAUAGAAAUCCGUAAGCAAAACAAGGAACAACAGCGGAAUACAAAUGCGCCAAAAUAGGCGCCCUGGAUUUGUAUCAUGCUGCUUUAGCACUAACAAUCAAUUCCCUGACGUGACACGAGUCACAUAUGAUGGUAAAUGUUUUUAUUAGUCGGGCACGUUUCGGCCAGCGCACCGGCGUGCCACGGGGCGGCUAGAGCUAUCAGCUCAGAUGACGUAGAGUAACUUAAAGGGGCUGUCUAAGUAGACAAAGAAAGCGCUUCGCAAAUAUCAUUUUACCUAUCCAUAGAAGAUUUCGUGGUUAAGGUAGAAUAUAGCCUAACAAUUAUGUCCUUUCCGCCCUUAGGUAGACGAUAGCAGACUUAGGAAAAGGCCCUAAGAGCCCGUACGAGGGGCUGGGACGUCUUUCAGUGCCGAUAGAAAUGCGAUAAAAAACAGCGUAUUUUUAUUAUUUAGAAAAAAAUUGUAGCUUGGCAAAUGUAUGGAAAAUUUCCUGGGUGGAAAUUUCCAGGGUUGGGCAAUAUAAAAGGAGGGUAUAAAAAUGUAAAGGUCUGUCUAAAAAUUACUAUAUCAUUGACUACUUCAAAA